AUGACUCAUUUGGAUUCUAUGGAAGAUAUUCUGGAGCAGAAUGAAGUCGGCCCAGUAGAAGACGGCGAGGAGGAGGACGAAGAUGGCGAGGAAGAGGAAGAAGAAGAUGAUGAUCAAGAUGACGAGGAUGACGAUGAUGACGAUCAGGAUGAAGAUGAUAAUAUGGAUGUGGAGAUAGAGGAUGAAGAACAGGAGGAUGAGCCAGAGUCCAAGAAACCCAGCCAUGAGCCAGAAGACAGUGACAGAUCCGAGGCAGCGGAGGCAAGUGCCAAUGACCCUGCUGUCAAGCAGGGUCCCUUGACUUCAAACCUGCACCAUUACUAUCUGUCUAUGCUGCAGGCCAGCAAAGUGGCUUCGACGUACUCGAUCUACCCGUCAGCAGCGAUCCCGAUACAAACGAACGUCAAUGCUCUAACAGUGUCGAAGGGGCUAAAGUACCUGUUCUUGGGUGGGGCCGAUGGAUUCAUUAGGAAAUUCGAUCUCUUGGCCACGCUACAGGGGAAGUUAUCCCUCACUAUACUUCAAAAACACUCUCUUGCAGAAUCGAUAUCAAACGCAGGUGUCUUGAUGUCCUAUUGGGAGAACGAAAUACCCGUCUCGAGGAGUAGUCUACCGGCAUCGGGUAACAUGUACCAGCCACAGGUAAGCCCAGUUUACUCGCUAGAGGUCCACGAGGAGUGUCUCUUCCUGUUGAGUGGGCUGCAAAAUGGCGGGAUCACUAUGCAAGGGGUCAGGUAUGGGGAGGGUCAGAUAGCACACUACUUCAAGGCGCACAGUAACGUAGUCAACAUUUUGAGACUUAACGGUACACAGGAUAAAUUUCUGUCCGCAUCGUGGGAUAAACAACUGCUGGAGUGGGAUCUAAACAGAACUCAGGAACCGAUAAACAAGUAUAAAGGCACGAACUCGGAACUCUCCGCGCUGGAGUAUAGACCGUUGUUUUCGACCGUGACAUUGGAAUCAAUGAAAUCAACCUCACAGCCAGACAGCGACGAAGAGAUGGAUUCUUUGUUCGGUGACGAGGACGAGGAUGAGGAAACUAAACAAGACGGCAAAGACAACGAGUUUACAAACACAGCGACAGAGGCACGCCCAGCUGACGAAAUUUCUCAGACAAGCCUUAACACCGUGUACGAUGAAACUGUGUUCAUGACCGCCGGACUCAAUGGGAGCGUCAACAUAUGGGACAAGAGAACCACCUCGCAGCCUGUGUUGUCGCUCCCCAGGGGGGCCAAAGUUCCACCUUGGUGUCUCUCUGCUUGUUGGGGCGCUUCUGGUGACUCCAUCUUCGCAGGGAGAAGAAACGCAUGCGUGGAAGAGUACGACUUGAAGAUGCCACUCCAAGUCAAGAGCACGCUCAAACUACCAAGCAUAUCGGGGCCCGUCUCCUGUGUUAAAGCGCUGCCCAACGAGAAACACCUCCUAAUUGCAUCUAGAGACAAUAUAAGACUGUACGAUACCACUACUCCGGCAAAUGGUAACCCGUUCCUAAUCGUACCGGGACAUCAUGGUGGUGUCAUUUCAAACAUCUACAUCGACCCAACAUCCCGGUUCAUGAUCAGCACCAGUGGAGACAGAGGUUGGCAAGGUACUUCAACGGACACAACACUCCUAUAUGAUAUAGAUUUACAGUGA